AUGGAACAAAGAAGUGGAGAUGCAAAAAGUCUAUCUCCAGGGCACAGUCUGAAGGCACUUACAGACAAACAAAUAAAGAUAAAACUGAAAUCACAAAAAUGUGACCUGACUUAUAAAGUAUUAGAAAAAAGCGACAUAGAGUCGGACAUUGAGCUAAAACAGUCUUUUUGUAGUAAAAAUUCUAGAGAAACUUUACACCGGAAUGAAAAUACAAAUGACAAGAGCGAUGAGAAUAAAGCUAUAAAGGUAAACCAAAUUGUGUAUGAAAUUCAAGAAAUUAUUCCAAAAUUUAAGAAAAAUGCUGGGAUAGUUGAUGAGGAGACUAAGGCUGAGAUAGAGAAAGGACCAAAAAGCGACAAUUGAAGAUACUAUGAGUUAAUCAGUAAUCCUUUUCCUCAAUAUACCUCAAAAAAAGCAAAUUCAGAUAAUGAUAGCAAUUUACUAAAAUUUGACAGUAUUUUUGAAAGCGGAAAUCUUCAAAAGGCAAUCCGUGUAGAUGAACGUGAAUACGUGCUCAUCAUAAGACCUGACACAAGAGCAGCUAAUUAUAAACACUGAUUUUAUUUUUUAUGUAAAAAUCAGAAUCCUAUCACAGUUAGAUUCCACAUCAUCAAUUUUGUAAAAUUUGAUAAACUGCUAGCUGAUGGUAUGCAACCUGUAAUUCUCUCCACAAAAUCUUUAUUAGAAAAAGGUAAAACCUGACGACGAAAAGGGUGAGAUAUAUCAUUCCAAAAUACUGUAAAUUUUAAAGAAUUUUUAAGUCAAGAAAGCAGUGACUGUGAGUAUUUUACUUAUUCUUUUACAUAUCAUUUUUCAUAUGAAAAGGACACAGUAAAAUUUGCGUAUUCAUUUCCUUAUACGUAUACAGACCUAUCUAAUUUUUUGAGCGAAAUUAAGAAAAAAAACACAAAAAUUGCUCGAGUUGAAAAAUUAGCUGAAACUAUUGGAGGAAAUUCCUGUGAAAUGAUUACGAUUACUAAUAAAGUGGCCAGUUAUGAUAUAAACAAGAAGAAAAAGAAAGAAAAUGAGCAUUCUGGCAAGAAAGGAGUUUUUAUUACAGCAAGAGUUCAUCCUGGAGAAUCUCCUUCUUCGUAUAUCAUGCAGGGUCUGGUCAAAUUUUUACUUGGAAAUUCUAAAGAUGCAAAGCUGUUAAGAAAAGAAUUUAUUUUCUGCAUUAUAUAGUACCCCCCCCCUCGUUUGUCGCAUUUUCUAGUUUUUUUUUAAGGAAAAAAAAAAAUUUUACAGGACCUCGUUUGUCGCAUUUUCUAGUGCAAAUACAUUUGUCGCAAUUUCUAGUUUUUUUAAUUUUUUUUUGAUGUCGCAAAUCUUAGUUUUUUUAAAAAAUAGUUUCUGAUUAAUUUAAUUGAGUAAUUAUAGAGGAGUUUACCUUACAUUUGCCUGCAGAGGGUUAGCAGGCCCGAGUCCUUCCCAGUCCUUCCCAGUCCUUCCCAGUCCUUCCCAGUCCUUCCCAGUCCCUUCCCAGUCCUUCCCAGUCCUUCCCAGUCCUUCCCAGUCCCUUCCCAGUCCUUCCCAGUCCUUCCCAGUCCUUCCCAGUCCUUCCCAGUCCUUCCCAGUCCUUCCCAGUCCUUCCCAGUCCUUCCCAGUCCUUCCCAGUCCUUCCCAGUCCUUCCCAGUCCUUCCCAGUCCUUCCCAGUCCUUCCCAGUCCUUCCCAGUCCUUCCCAGUCCUUCCCAGUCCUUCCCAGUCCUUCCCAGUCCUUCCCAGUCCUUCCCACUUUACUCUCCCCUUUUUAGAGAAUAGAUUAAAUUAGCUUAUUAACUCCAUUCUCCUUGCGCUUCAAUGACCUGCCUUGCUCUUUCAUUUUUCACCUUUAAGAAUGGAAUUUUGCACUUCCUCAAAAGAAAUUUCGUCCCAUGACUCCUGAAUGGCAGCAAUUAGUCUGGCUUUGCUGUCAGGCCUUCUUUUCUCUCACUUUCCUCUUCAAAUUGGCCCAGAUCAUCUCAAUUGGAUUGAGAUCUGGGCUCUUCGGCGAUUGAGUCUUCACAUCAAUCCCGUUUUCUCUGAAAUAUUCCAUAGUCUGCCUUGCAGUAUGGGCUGUUGCCCCAUCCUGAACGAAGGUGUAGUCUCCAUCUAAAGGCUCAAUAUAGUCCUGGAGAAUGUCUCUGAUAUAGACCUGGGCAUUGAUUGCAUACUUCUCCUUCUUUAUGAAGAGCAUUUUGCCAAAAACGAUAGAAAAUUCCUCCCCAGAUCAUAAUUGAGGUUUUUCAAUUGAUAGGCUCUUCAAUCGUUGCGUUUAUCCCUUCUUUGCACAAAUUAGAGUUACGAAAGAGAUGCACAUAGCACUCAUCACUGAAGAUCCAUGAAGCGAUAUCUGAGUCAAUCAAAGACCUAGCCCAGGACAUUCUCUGCUCUUUAUGAGCUUCAGUUAGCUGUAGAACAACCCUCUUCUUCCUAUAGACAUAUCCCUCUUCUUCUUCAGCUCUUUUCCUAGCUGUUCUUCGCUGAUCUCAACUGUCUUUCUUUUGAAUUGGGCCUCAAACUUGCCUUGCUGACAAAGCCUGUAUCCUUCUCACAUUCCUUAAUGACCUCAGCAAAGUCUUCAUCGAUGCUUUAGGGGAGAUCUGGAUAGUGCCUCUUCUCUUCCAGCCGCUUCGUCAGAUUCACUCUCAGUAUUCUCUGCAGCAAUUCGCUCAAUAGUCCGUUUAGAAGUCCCCAAGAUUGUCGCAAGUUCUUCGUUUUUAAAGAAACCUACGUCAAUGAUCCUCUUGACUAUGCUCUCUCCAUCAUUCCACUUGAUUUUCUUAGGAGGAGGCGAUAGUCCAUGGUCCACAAGCUUCCGCCUGAGCUCUAAAGUGUGCUCUUCAGGAUUGAACUUGUUGGUGUAGUGCCUGAUCGUCGUCAGGCUCAUGUCCUUGCCACAAGCAGCAAGACGCUCUUGGAUCUGCUUUACAUUGAGCCUCUCUCCAUAGGCCAUGCUUUGAAUCAUUGCCGGGAUUUUUAUCGGCUGGUCCUCAAUUUCGCGCAACUCCAUUAAUUAAUAUGGAAGACUAGAAAUUAAGCUAUCAAAUAAGGAAAUAGGCAUGAAGAUAGGGGAAUAAGAAUGGUGAAUGGCAAGUGGUGAGGCUUAAGCAAUGGGAGCAGGUAAUGGGAAGCAAGCUGUGGGGAUUGAGGAAUGGGAGCAAGGAUUUUGAAGGAAGAAAUGAUGAAAUUUCACUAACUGAUCCCUUGACGAAUUUUAAUUUUAGGAAUUUAUAGAGAGAAAAAAAAAACUAGAAAAUGCGACAAGCGAGGUCCUGAACCGAUUUUUUUUUGGCUUAAAAAAAAAACUAGAAAAUGCGACAAAUGAGGUCCUGAAAAUUUUUUUUUUUCUUAUAAAAAAAAACUAGAAAAUGCGACAAAUGGUAAAAAACUAGAAAAUGCGACAAACGAGGGGGGGGGGGUACUAUACCUAUGCUGAAUCCUGAUGGGGUCAUACAUGGGAACACAAGAUGCUCAUUAUUAGGGGUUGAUUUAAAUAGGAGAUGAAUAAAGCCAAAUAAAAUUUUGCACCCUACUAUUUAUUAUGCAAAAGAGUUAAUUGUAAAAAUGAAAGAAGCAAAUGACGUUGCAUUGUACUGUGAUUUGCAUGCCCAUGCAAAGAAAAAGAACGUUUUUAUGUAUGGAUGCUGCACUACGCCGAAAUGUGACAAAACAAAAAAACUUACAGCAAUGCUUACUCCUGUAUUCAUGGCUAAAGCAAAUUCGAAAUUUUCAUAUAAAAACACACAUUACCGCUUGGAAAAGCAGAAAGAAUCAACCGCAAGAAUUGUUUUAUUUAAGCAGCUAGGGAUUAUAAACAGCUAUACUAUGGAAUGCAGCUUCUUUGGCCCUGAAGGCCCCAAUAACCCUUAUUUCACUCUUGCAGAUUUCAGCAAAAUCGGAAAAGACCUUGCAAAGAGCUGCUUAAUUUUUGUAAAUACUUCCACUCUUAAUAGAAACCUUCACCUAACAACUGAAUGAAUAAAUGACUAUAAAGAAUCUUGUAAAAAAGACAAGCGCUCUGAUGAAACCCCUAUCCACAGCAAAGAUUUAGCACUAGCUGGCAUCUCAUACAAUGCUAUACAAGAAGAGUUAUACUUUGUCCAAGAAAACUAUAAAGAGCAUGAAAUCACUAUCCAAGAGCCAGAAAAUGAAAUCAAACAAAUUGAUGAUGAUAUUUUUUAUAGUGAAACUGAUCGAUACAUUCACACUGCAGAACUUGCAGAUGAAACUGGAGAAUGUAAAAAAUCUGAAACACUUGUAAAUAGUAUGCACACAGAUAGACGCACUUCACAGGUCUUCCACACAAAAUUCAUAUCUUUCACUCCUAAUUUAAUUGCAUGCUCAAAAGUGCAAAAUCAUAAAAAAAGCUACCAGAGCAAGAGAGCAAGCUUAGUGUCACUUAGCAGAAAGCCGACAAUGCCAGCUGAUCCAUAUUUAUCACAAACAAAUGUGCAAAAAAUUGUUACCCCUUUGAAGGGGAAAAAGAUAGGAUUUGAUCUCUGUCCUAUUGUAGAAUUAAAAACAAAGCAUCCUAUACCUAACGGAAAUUGUAAAGACGAUAAAAAGAGUUGUGUAUUGCACAAAGGGCUGCAAUGCUCGAAUCCGAUUUUCUCAAAAAACUACUUAGAAUAUUUAAAAAAGCACAAAAGAAAUAACUCAGACAAUGGGAAUGUGUCCAUAAAAGAUUUGAAUAAAUUCUUAGUUGCAAGCAAACUGCAAUAA